CGUAAAUUCUGAGGAAUUACGUCGGGGGUUUAGAUAGAGAACAUGUUCUCUUUUACUCCAAUGGAAAUCUUGUCGGAAUUCUGAUGUGAUUUUGGUCGGACAAAGGUCCGACCAUGUGUAUGGGGCUUUACUGGAGGCUGACGGGUCAUCCCUACCCUGGAACCUUUCCCUAUGCUAGACAUGCUGUCCCUCACCAAGGGGUUGCUGUCCCUGUCCUAGCCACUUCGUAAAUGCGCACCAACUGCAUUGGGACAGUGCUCUUUAUAAGCACUGCCCACAAUAAAGAUGGCUGCUCCCCUGAUGUCUACAGAGGAACAAGAGUUUCUCUUGUCCACCAUCUUUUCUGCAUAGUGGCUGUCGAUCAGCGCCACCUGUGCAGGGAGGCCGAACUACACCUGCCUACACUGUUGAACGUAGACUUGUCUCUAAACUGUAUUCGUUGAUAUUCUUGUAUGUGGCCUCAGGAUAAUAGUGCUCACCGUCAUUUUGUGAUUUUCAGGGAGAAGAAGUGAUGGGUAUAAAACCUGAUGUCACAGAUGCAAACUGUUAUCAGUUGUCAGUAGAAGAAGCUGAAAUGAUGGUGACAAUUACAAAGGAGGAUGUCAGUUCAGGUGGAGCCAACGUCCGGAAGACCCCAGAGGGACGUCUAAUCACUGUUACUCAAAAUAUACAUCACAAACUUGAUCCUCUGGAAAGCUCAACAGAUCCGUUUAAUUCUAAGGUCCCAAAAAAUAAAUUCCAUACUAUUCUCCCAAAGGCCCAGCCAAGCUUUCACAUUCCAACCCAACCACCACAUCCUUCUAAUCCCGAGGAAUCUUCUCCCAGUAAGUUACGUUCUUUUGAGGGUUGUGAAGAACCAAGCAUAAAAAAUCAAGACCUGGUUGUAAAUUGGGGAACUACCACCAAUAAAAAACCCUUUCCGUGUUUAGAGUGUGAGAAGUCCUUCAAAACGAAAUCGGAACUAUUUCAACACCACAGAGUUCACACCGGCGAGAAGCCCUUUGUAUGUACCGAGUGCGGCAAGUGCUUCCAGAGAAAAGAAAACCUUACCGCGCACAUAAGAGUUCACACCGGCGAGAAGCCGUUUUCCUGUGGUGAGUGCGGGAAGAGCUUCUCUAAAAAAGGGCCCCGGGAUAAGCACAUGAGGAUUCACACCGGGGAGAAACCGUUUUCCUGCUCAGAAUGCGGCAAAUUUUUUUCGUACAAAAUGUCACUCAGUUUACACCAGAAGACACACCACCAGACGCCGCUGAAAACUGAUAGUGAAGUUCUAUAGGCGGGGGCGGACUGACCAUUCAGGCACUCGGGCACUGCCUGAGGGCCCCAUGCCACUAGGGGGCCUUAUCAGGGUUGCCA